AUGGAGCGCUUAAUGCCAGGAUUUGAAGUUCUGAUCUCACAAGUGAGAAAAACAGGCGGAUUUUACGUGACCACCAUUGCUCUUUUUAUUUACCACGUUGUGUUUGAUGAAAACUUGAAAUGCUUAUGUAAAAAUGGUGUUAAACCAGAGGUUACUUAUGACCAUUGUCACAUCUACAUGGUGUUGCCAGCUCUGAUCUUGUUUCUCUUGACUCUCUGGAUGGAUGGACAGUUUCAACGUAUCUUGAGAAUGACAUUCAGAUGCAGAUGUAAUUUGUGGGGAAGAAUGUUGGCAAUCCUCAUUAAGGCGGCUGCUAUAGGGUUGCUGUGGGUUGUGUCUGUACUCCUUGAUGGGGACUGGUACGUGUGCUAUCAAAGAGCAAUGCUUCCCUGCAGGAACAACACUGAUAACACAACCUACCAAGAGGAAUUAGAUAAGCAACUCGAAACUCGUUUCAAAGGGGAUUCUGUGGUGAGUACCCUUCAUUAUUUACUUGUUAAUGAUUAUUAAAAGUCCCCAGAGUAUUGAGGGGGGUGGAGACCAGACUAUUGACGGGGGGUGGAGACCAGGGGUGCGUUCAGUUUGCUUGAAUGUUUGCUAUGUUGCUUGUACUGAACGACACGUUUCCCAAAAACGUUCUUGUACGUUCUUGAACAGAUCAGUCUAGACUUUAAGGUAUGUUUGCUCCCGUUUUGUGGGUGUGGUGAGGUGUGGCUUGAAGCAAUGAGUGACGUAUUUAAAGGGCAGUGGCCAUGCUGACAGCGUUCCCCAACCCACAACCCAACCCCUCCCUGUUUUUCAACUGGUCGUUCAAUACAGUACCGUUUCCCUUCAAAUGAAUGUUUCAGAACAUAAAAACAUAUUGAACGCAUCCCAGAGUAUUGAGGGGGAGACCAGAGUAUUGAGGGGGAGACCAGAGUAUUGAGGGGGAGACCAGAGUAUUGAGGGGAGACUAGAGUAUUGAGGGGGAGACCAGAGUAUUGAGGGGAGAGUAUUGAGGGGAGACCAGAGUAUUGAGGGGGGGGGGAGUUGGACCAGAGUAUUGAGAGGGAGACCAGAGUAUUGAGGGGGGAGGGGGGGGGGGGGGCAUAGUAUGGAGGGGGAGACCAGAGUACUGAGAGGGAGACCAGAGUAUUGAGGGGGAGACCAGAGUAUUGAGGGGGACACCAGAAUAUUGAGGGGGAGACUAGAGUAUUGAGGGGGAGACCAGAGUAUUGAGGGGAGAGUAUUGAGGGGAGACCAGAGUAUUGAGGGGGAGACCAGAGUAUUGAGGUGGGGGGCAGAGUAUUGAGGGGGAGACCAGAGUAUUGAGAGGGGUGACCAGAGUAUUGAGAGGGGUGACCAGAGUAUUGAGGGGGGGGGGGGGCAUAGUAUUAAAGGGGGAUACCAGAGUAUUGAGGGGGGCAGAGUAUUGAGGGGGAGACUAGAGUAUUGAGGGGGGGACCAGAGUAUUGAGAGGUAGACCAUAGUAUUGAGGGGGGGGGGGGGGCAGAGUAUUGAGGGGGGGGGGGGGUGGACCAGAGUAUUGAGGGGGAGACCAGAGUAUUGUGGGGGAGACCAGACAAUUGAGGGGGAUACCAGAGUAUUGAGGGGGAGACCAGAGUAUUGUGGGGGAGACCAGACUAUUGAGGGGGGGGGCAGAGUAUUGAGGGGGAGACAAGAGUAUUGAGGGGGGGCAGAGUAUUGAGGGGAGACCAGAGUAUUGAGGGGGAGACCAGAGUAUUGAGAGGGAGACCUGUUAGGCCUACCGCUGCUAGGUAGCUCUCUCUCUGCUCUCCCCUCCCCUCUGUCUGUUCUUGAUUGCAGGAGUGAAGUCUGGUGUGCGGGAGUCAGGGUUCCAGCUGCAGCUCAUUCACCAUAAUCACCUCAGCCUUAAAGACCCGGUCAAACUUGCCACUCAUCGUCAGAUCAUAGUCAAGACGACCAUAUUAUUGGAACCUGACUCCUGCCUCCGCUUCACUCCUGCCACCACCAUCCUGCUUUCCACUACCGGACCUCCGUUUUGGACUCACCACGGACACUAUGACGUUACGGUACCACACCUGCCCUGACCUGGAUCUGUUACCCUCCCUGUAAACCUGGACUUGCUCUUCCCCUAUUAUUGGAAACCUGGACAAAUUGAACUUUGUAAAUAAACCUGUUAACCUUCUCUGGCUCGGUGUAGUUGUCUGCAUUUGGGUUCAAAUCCAGUUAAAUCAUGACAAGACCAGAGUAUUGAGGGGGAGACCAGAGUAUUAAGGGGGAGACCAGAGUAUUAAGGGGGAGACCAGAGUAUUGAGGGGGAGACCAGAAUAUUGAGGGGAGACCAGAGUAUUGAUGGGAUACCAGAGUAUUGGGGGGGUGGACACCAGAGUAUUAUUUUGUAUAAAUAUUAGAUUACCUUUAACAUGAAAACACAUUUUGUUUCAGGUUUAUGGCUUGGUACUGGUUCUGUUCCUGCUUUUUGCGACUUCUAUUCUGACUGCAAUACCUUGGACGGAAAUCUGUUCUAUUCUGACUGCAGGAUUUUGUAGAGUUAUCCGCAGUAUAUGUUCAAAGUAUAAGUGCAGUAAGGGCAGUAACUGUUGCAGGAUGGACUGUAAAAUCACACCUUAUCACAGGGCACUGUUUGAGGAGAAUAUUUGGGAACAGACAGAAAUUCUCAUUGAAAACGACUUCAAGACAACAGCUAAGGAGUGUGUAGUUCUUAAAAUCAGGGAACUACUACAGCCCUCUUCGACUGCAGCCCCUUCAGACACCACCACACAGGGAGGAGGCGGGGCAAGCAGCAGCUCCACCCGUCCUGAGGUGGGAGAUAGUAGGAGCAGCACCACCCGUCCUGAGGUGGAAGAUAGUAGGAGCAGCACCACCCGUCCUGAGGUGGAAGAUAGUAGGAGCAGCACCACCCGUCCUGAGGUGGAAGAUAGAGUGAUCACCCUUGACAACCUUGAUUUUGUCAAGAUAGCUGAUCUACAUUCUCGUAUAAUCAGCUCUUUGUUCCCUGAACCUCCCAGUUCUUCAGCCCCUGCAACCCCCCAACAGCCCAAACAGGGAGAAGACGGGCCAAGAAGCCAGGAAGUAAGAAUGAGACUGUUAGAACAGUGA